AUGUCACGGACAUCGUCAGACCAGGACAUCAUGCUCUACGAUAAUUCACCAAGCACAAGGGCUAGAAACGUGGCCGGCUGCAAUCCUUUUAUAUUUUGCCAGAUAGUCUCUUAUGUGUUGGUCUACAGACGAAGCGCUCGCUUGCUCUGGCUAAUUGGUCAAUCUGUCCAGUUUGCACUAGAUCAACUUGUCGAUCGUCCACAUUUCUUGCUCCGCUUGCUCGCUAAUCUUACCGGCUUAGAUAGUAUACAUAUUAUACGGGACUUCUUCAAAGAUUCUGCUGACAUUUCAUCUGUACAAACUACUACUGCUGUCCCUACUUCUGUUUAUAAUGAAAAUACUUCUGAUGAAUCUAGCACUCAUGCAAGAGCCAAUCAGUCCGGCGAUCUUAAAAGUACCCAAUUUCAUUUAAUGGGGCUACUUGAUAGUGAUUCAGGACAACAUCAGGCUGCGAGCCAAGAAGCUGAACUGGCCGUCGGUUCAAAUACGCAUUCGCCACAUAAUGCUGCCUUAUCUUCUAGUAAAUCGUCAUCUAUUUUUUUCCCUCAGGGCUCUGCGGCGCACACCACAAUGACUAAACAUUUUUCUACUCUUCAAGAUGUAGAUCAUGUACGCUUGGAUUCUGAUUUCCAGGUGUCGGGUGACUCCUCUCUUCCAUCUUCUGAUGUUGCAGGCCGCCGUAUAGCUUCUAGCGCCGUGCCACUGCCUCCUGUUCUUAUGCUCACAAUGCCAUUGAACCUCAGAACGUCUGCGGACGCUUUGCUCGCAGACACUAGCUCCUGGAUGGAGACGCAAUUUUUGCAAACUUACAGUUUGUUAUGCUCUCUUUUUGAAUAUCUCGCGACACAACCAUCUUAUGUAGACUUUUCCAACAUUACUAACCCCAAUAAUGAAGCACACUCUGACAGACUUCUUGAGCUAUCUCCUUCUUUCCCUGAGUGUAUGGUCCAUACGCAGGAAGCGGCUAUUGUGGAGCCCUUUAUUGAACCCCAACACCUUUCUUUACAGAUAAAACAAUCACAAGAGGCGCCCACUGCAUUUUCUGCUUCAACAGAAGAGUUAAAAUGUCCUAAUUCCCUUCCGACUGCUUCAAAUGGCUCGAAAAUCGGU